AUGUCUAUAUCAAAAAUAAAACAUGCAGCGAAAUCAUUAAAAAAUUUUCAAGGUAUUCGUUUUGAAGAAUGUUUGGAUGAUGGUGAAGCAGCUGAACAAUUAAAUAAAUGGCUUUUAGAAGUAUCAUGGGAAGUUGCAAAUAAAGUUGGAGGAAUUUAUACUGUUAUACGUUCAAAAGUACCAGUCACAAAAAAAGAAUAUGGAAAUAAUUAUAUUUGUUUGGGUCCAUAUAAUGAUUCAUUUGUAAAAACUGAAGUUGAAAUUGGCGAAUCAAAACUUGAUGUUAUUAGAGAUACAGUUAAUGAAAUGAAACGUUUGGGUAUUCAUGUUGUAACUGGAAAUUGGUUAAUUGAAGGUUUUCCUCAAGUUGUUCUUUUUGAUAUUGGUUCAGCAAUACAUAGAUUAGAUGAUUGGAAAGGUGAUUUUUUUCGACAUGCACGAAUUGGUAUACCAUAUCAUGAUAGAGAAGCAAAUGAUGCAUUAGUAUUUGGUUUUUGUGUUUUUUGGUUUAUUGGUAUUUUUAUUGAUCAAGUAAAACGAAGACAAAAAUGUUAUGUUAUUGCUCAUUUUCAUGAAUGGUUAACUGGUGUUGGUCUUAUAAUGACACGUCUUUGUGGUUAUGAUUGUGCUUUAAUAUUUACUACACAUGCAACACUUUUAGGAAGAUAUUUAUGUGCUGGUUCAACAGAUUUCUAUAAUAAUUUACCUUUGUUUGAUCUUGAUAAAGAAGCUGGUAAUCGUCGAAUAUAUCAUCGUUAUUGUAUUGAACGUGCAGCUGCAUCAUGUACACAUGUAUUUACAACUGUUUCAAAAAUAACUGGAAUUGAAUCUGAAUAUCUUUUAAAAAAGAAACCAGAUGUAUUAACACCAAAUGGACUUAAUGUUCAAAAAUUUGCUGCAUUACAUGAAUUUCAAAAUUUACAUGCAAAAAAUAAAGAAAAACUUCAUGCAUUUGUACGUGGGCAUUUUUAUGGACAUUAUGAUUUUGAUUUGGAUAAAACAUUAUAUGUUUUUACUGCUGGUCGAUAUGAAUUUACAAACAAAGGUGCUGAUAUGUUUAUUGAAUCAUUAGCUCGAUUAAAUCAUAUGCUUAAAUCAUCAGGUUCUGAUGUAACUGUCGUAGCUUUUCUUAUUUUUCCGACAGCAACUAAUAAUUUUAAUGUUGAAUCAUUACGUGGUCAAUCUAUUGCAAAAAUGUUUCGAGAUACAGUAAGCAAUAUACAAAGUGAUAUCGGAAAAAGACUAUAUGAAAUUUCUCUUAAAGGUCAUCUACCAACUCCUGCAGAAAUUUUACUUUCAAGUGAUUUAAUUGAAUUAAAAAAAUGUAUUUAUGGAUCACAACGUUCAACAUUACCACCAAUAUGUACACAUAAUGUAUGUGAUGAUAUUCAUGAUCCAAUAUUAAAUGCUUUACGUCGUUGUGAAUUAUUUAAUGCACGUUCUGAUCGUGUUAAAGUUAUAUUUCAUCCUGAAUUUUUACGUUCAACAAGUCCAUUAUUACCACUUGAUUAUGAUGAAUUUGUACGUGGUUGUCAUUUGGGUGUAUUUCCAUCUUAUUAUGAACCAUGGGGUUAUACACCAGCUGAAUGUACAGUUUUGGGUGUACCAAAUAUAUCAACAAAUUUAAGUGGUUUUGGAUGUUUUAUGGAAGAACAUGUUCAUGACGCUCAUACAUAUGGAAUUUAUAUUGUUGAUAGAAGAUAUAAAAGUGGUGAUGAAUCAUGUCAACAACUUGCACAAUAUAUGUUUGAUUUUUCAUUAUUAACUAGACGACAACGUAUUAUUUUACGUAAUCGUACAGAACGAUUGAGUGAAUUACUUGAUUGGAAUGUAUUAGGCAUUUAUUAUUAUCGUGCUCGUCAAAUAGCAUUAACACGAAUUCAUCCAGAAUUCGAAGAAGAAAUUAUCAAAUUGGCAAAUGAAACAUCGUCUAAUCCUUCAACACCAGUUAUAUCUCGUUCAUCAACACCAGCACCACAUGAACAUGAUGAUGAAGGAACUGACGAUGAAGAUGAAAGUCAUCCACCACCACCAUCACAAAUUUCAUCUCAAAAAGUUUCACCUAAACAACCUUCAUCAAUCGAUCAAGCAUUUGAACCUUCAUUUGCACGUCCAGCGUCAGCUACACAUCUUCCUUUAGAUAAGCAAUUUCGUGCAGCUGCUGUUGCUGCUGCUAAUGCUGCAGCAACAGAUGAACCAACAUUUACUGAUGCUCUUGAUGAUGAAAUACGUCAAAUAACAAUUGGAAAAGACAAUCAAUCAAAAUUAACAUCUACAAGUCAAACAAUAAAACAUGAUGAUAAAGUUGAUUUUAGUUUAGAUGAUCUUGGUGAUUUAGAUGACUCACAUGAUAGUCAAGAACAAGUGCCAUAUGAAGAUAAUAAAACAUCAAUAUCAACAAAACAUGAUUUUACUAUACCAGAUGUAUUACAACAAACAACAAUUACUGGAAAUACAACUUCAGGUGAAUCAACAAGUGGUGCUGAAAAUAUUUUAUCAUCAUCGAAUCUUAAAGAUCAACCAAAUACUAAAUCAACAGAAAAAGAACAAUCAUAA